AUGUGGUCGGCCUCCCUCGCGCCGACGCCGUGCGCGCCAUGCCGAUCGCGGCUGUGCCAGCCGGCAUCCGGGCCGACGCUUCAGCGGCCGGCUCCGCUAGGCCGGAGCCCUGCUGCGGGCGCGGGGCGCCAGGGCGCCGACAACGCCCAGGCGUGCCGCGUGCUGUCGCUGCCGUCGCUGCGCCGCUUGCUGCUCAGGCGAGGGACGCCGGCGAUCUGCGGCGCUGGAGGGACAGGGAGCGAGGAGGGGCCGGCGGUGGCCGACCUGGAGGUCCUGCUAAAGGAGAGCUCCGCCUGCGGGGUUGGAUUCAUUGCCAGCUUGAAGAAUGAAAAGUCGCAUGACACCAUUUUGAAGGCCUUGAGGGGUUUGGGCUGCAUGGAGCACCGUGGCGCCUGCCUGGCAGACUACGACUCUGGCGAUGGUGCUGGUGUGAUGAGCCAAGUCCCUUGGGCCAUCCUCAAAAAGCAGUUUCCAGAUCUGGAUGAAAGCACCACAGGGGUUGGCAUGGUGUUCCUGCCCAAUGAUGACGACCUGGAGGCUGAGUCAAGGGCGAUCGUGGAGGAAGUGGUGUCCAAAGAAGGCCUCACCCUGCUUGGCUGGCGGGACGUCCCUGUGGAUCCGUCUGUUGUGGGUCGCAUCGCCAAGGCCACCAUGCCACGCAUUGCCCAGGUUCUCAUCGCAGGUGGCCCCAACCUGAAGGGGGAUGAGUUGGAGAGGGAGCUGUUCAUCACACGGCGGAAGAUGGAGCAGGAGGCGAUUGUGAGGUUGGGCGACAGGGCUUCAGACUUUUACAUCUGCACGCUCUCCAGCAGAGUCAUCGUGUACAAGGGGAUGCUUCGCUCAUCAGUGCUUGCUGACUUCUACAAAGACCUGACCGACCCUGACUAUAUAGCUUCAUUUGCCGUGUACCAUCGCCGCUUCUCAACAAACACAAACCCCAAGUGGCCCCUGGCACAGCCCAUGCGCUUCUUGGGACACAAUGGCGAAAUUAAUACACUGCAGGGCAACCUGAACUGGGUGGCAAGUCGCGAGCACACCUUCAAGAAUCCCAUUUGGAAGAACAGGGAGGAGGAGUUCACCCCUAUUUGUAACCCAGCGGAGUCGGACUCUGCAAACUUGGACCAUGUCGCUGAGGUGCUGGUGCGGUCUGGAGUGAGCGCAGCCAAGUCUGUGAUGCUGCUGGUUCCAGAGGCCUACAGGAAUCACCCCGACCUUGACAAGAACUAUCCAGAGGUCAUUGACUUCUAUGAAUUUUAUGAAGGGCUCCAGGAGGGAUGGGAUGGUCCCGCUCUCCUUGUGUUCUCUGAUGGUGUGCGGAUAGGUGCGAGGUUGGAUCGUAACGGGCUGCGACCUGCGAGAUACUGGGAGACGUCAGAUGGUUACGCCUACAUGGCAUCGGAGGUUGGCGUGCUUGGAGACACACUCUCCAAUGCUGCCAAUGUUACUGAGAAGGGAAGGUUGGGGCCAGGCCAAAUGAUCUACGUUGAUUUGGAGGCUGGCACGUUCAUGGAGAACACCGAAGUAGCCCGCACUGUGGCUGCCAGCGAGCCAUAUGGGGAGUGGCUCAAAUCCAGCAGGCGCCUCAAUGACUUCUCCCCUGUUGCCUUCUCCCCCGAGGCCUCCAUGCCUCCAGACUCCCUUCUGCGCAUGCAGUCAGGCUACGGGCUGGGCCUGGAGGAUGCGCAGCUGAUAGUUGAGACCAUGGCUUCCUCUGCCAAUGAGCCCAUCUUCUGCAUGGGCGAUGACACGCCCCUGCCGGUGCUGUCAGAGAAGCCCCACCUGCUGUACAACUAUUUCAAGCAGAGGUUUGCGCAGGUCACCAACCCUGCGAUAGACCCGCUGAGGGAGGGGCUUGUCAUGUCGCUGUCCAUGCGGCUGGGAGCCCAAGGGAACCUACUGGGGCCAUCUGCAGACUCAUACAAGCAGGUGUUUCUCAAGUCCCCUAUUCUGACUGAGAGCCAGAUGACCACGAUCGCAAAAGAUAAGGGCUUGGGCAGCUCAGUGUUCGUCCUCCAUUACCAGUCUGGCAAGGACGGUGCCUUGGCUGCCGCGGUGGCAAAGUUAUGUGAAGAUGUUGAGGUGGCUGUCAGGAAUGGCUGCCAGUGUGUGGUGUUGUCAGACCGAGUGGACUCAGCGGCAGAGAUGGAUCCCCAGCAGCCACCAAUACCUGCACUGCUGGCAACGGGCGCCGUGCACCACCACCUGAUCAGGAAGUACCUCAGAACAGAGACGUCAAUUGUGGUAGAGACGGCGCAGUGCUUCAGCACACACCACCUUGCUGUGUUGAUCGGAUAUGGAGCACAUGCAGUCUGCCCCUACCUCACUUUUGAGACCUGCAGGCAAUGGCGUCUCUCUCCCCGAACCCAAAACCUCAUCAACUCUGGAAAACUUGUCGACAUACCUAUCCAGGGUGUACAAAAGAACUUCAAGAAGGCGAUGGAGAAGGGGCUGCUGAAGAUCCUGUCAAAGAUGGGCAUCUCUCUGCUCAGCUGCUACCAUGGUGCCCAGAUCUUCGAGAUUUAUGGCCUUGGUAGCGACCUGGUGGAUGUUGCGUUCCGUGGGUCUGUCUCGCGGAUUGGUGGGAUGACCAUGGACGAUCUGCAAAGGGAGACAGAGGCCUUGUGGGCAAAGGCUUUCCCAGAAAAGGCCAUGAAGAAACUGGAGGACUAUGGGUUCAUCCAGUCCAAGCCCAGGGGGGAAUUCCAUGCCAACAAUCAAGCGAUGGCCAAGCUGCUUCACAAGUCGAUUGGGCUGGGAAAUGGUGCAGGGGCUCAGCCGGAGGCAUACCAAGCUUUCAAGGACCAUUUCCUUGAGAGCCCUGUCGCGGUCCUUCGAGAUUGUCUGGAGUUCGUUUCCGACAAGGCCCCCAUCUCCGUUGACGAGGUGGAACCUGCCUCGGCUAUCAUGGCACGCUUCUGCACAGGUGGAAUGUCGCUGGGGGCAAUCUCACGAGAGACGCACGAGACGAUUGCGAUCGCCAUGAACAGAAUCGGUGGCAAGUCUAACUCAGGCGAGGGGGGAGAAGACCCUGUGAGGUGGGAAGUUUUGAACAACGUCGACAGCAAUGGCAAGUCUGAGACCCUCCCCCACCUGAAUGGCCUGCGGAACGGCGACACCGCCAGCUCCGCAAUCAAGCAGGUGGCCUCCGGCCGCUUUGGAGUGACCCCCCAAUUCCUCGUGAACUCAGACCAGCUGGAGAUCAAGAUCGCCCAAGGGGCCAAGCCUGGGGAGGGCGGCCAGCUGCCGGGGAAGAAGGUUAGCCCCUACAUAGCGGGCCUGAGGCGAUCCAAGGCGGGAGUGCCACUAAUAUCGCCGCCCCCGCACCACGACAUUUAUUCGAUUGAGGAUUUGGCGCAGCUGAUCUACGACCUGCACCAAGUCAGCCCGCACGCCAAGGUGUCCGUGAAGCUUGUGGCGGAGGCGGGCAUUGGGACGGUGGCAAGCGGGGUGGCGAAGGCCAGUGCGGACGUCAUUCAGGUGUCUGGCCACGACGGCGGAACGGGCGCCUCUCCCGUCAGCUCCAUCAAGCACGCCGGCGGCCCCGUGGAGAUGGGCGUCGCCGAGGUGCACCAGUCCCUGGUCGGCAACGGUCUGCGCGACCGCGUGGUGGUCCGCGUGGACGGCGGCAUCCGCAGCGGCGUUGACGUCCUCAAGAUGGCUGCCAUCGGCGCGGACGAGUUUGGCUUCGGCACGGUGGCCAUGAUCGCCACGGGCUGCAUCAUGGCCCGCGUAUGCCACACCAACAACUGCCCGGUUGGCGUGGCGACUCAGAGAGAGGACCUAAGGGCACGGUUCCCGGGCGUGGCGGGGGACCUGGUGCGGUUCUUCGAGUUCGUGGCCGAGGAGGUGAGGUGCGGGCUGGCGGACCUGGGAUUGCGAUCGCUGGACGAGCUGAUCGGCAGGGCGGACUUGUUGCAGCAGAGGGGGGUCGCCCUGGCCAAGACCACCCACCUGGACCUGUCCUUCGUGACGACAUACGCCGGCCCGCCAGGAGUCUCCUCCGAGCGCCUGCGGAUGGCGACGCACGAAAAUGGAGAAGGGCUGUGGGAUGAUCGGGUUCUGGCCGAGCCCGAUGUGUUGGACUGCAUCGAGAACGAGAGGACGCUGACGAAGAAGUACGAGAUCGUGAACACGGACCGGGCGGCGCUGGGCAGGAUAUCGGGCGCCAUAGCCAAGAGGUACGGCGACCGGGGCUUCACGGGGUGCCUGAACCUCGUGCUGCGCGGCUCCGGUGGCCAGUCGUUCGGGUGCUUUUUGGUUGGGGGCAUGGACGUGCAGCUGACGGGCGAGGCCAACGACUACGUGGGCAAGAGCAUGGCGGGCGGCGACAUCACGAUCGUGCCCCCGCCGGAGUCGCAGUUCGCUUCCGAUACCGCGUCCCUGGUCGGCAACACGUGCCUGUACGGGGCCACGGGUGGCAGGCUGUUCGUGAACGGCCGCGCCGGGGAGCGCUUUGCUGUCCGAAACUCGAUGGCGGAGGCUGUGGUCGAGGGGACGGGGGACCACUGCUGCGAGUACAUGACCGGCGGCUGCGUGGUGAGCCUGGGCACCGUGGGGCGCAACGUGGGCGCGGGCAUGACGGGCGGCCUGGCGUACUUCUACGACGAGGCGGGGGACUUCCCAGAGAAGGUGAACACGGAGAUCGUGAGCAUCCAGCGUCUGAGGACGCCGGCCGGCGAGGAGCAGCUGCGGUCCCUUAUCGAGGCGCACGUCGAGAAAUCCGGGUCGGUCAGGGGGAGGGCGAUCCUGGACGACUGGCCCGCGGCGGCCAAGCGGUUCUGGCAGCUGGUGCCGCCGUCGGAGCAGAACAGCCCGGAGGCCAACCCCGAGGUGGCCAUCGAGGUCGGCUCCCAGUCCAUGGCCCUGAACCCCGGCCGCUGA